UGUUUGUCCUUGCACGUGUCCUGCUCUCUCACAUGCACACGACUCGGUCUAUGAUCUUGCUACAGGCCUACCGCUAGCCUCAGGCAUGGUCCAAGUCCGCCUCUACCAGCCAGGUGAAUGGCUGCGCAUACAGUGCGACAAGUGUCAAGUCCAGCUCGAGUGCCUCAACGAACCGAGCAAGUCCUCCACAUUCAUCUGUCCCGCAUGUUCACAAGAAACACAACUCAACCCCGAUGCGCAAGCAUCAGGAAGUCCAAGUGCCAAUGAUACAACGUACUAUGAGAUUCUUGAAGUCAGUCAAACAGCCACACAGCAAGAAAUCAAGAAAGCCUUUCAUAAGCGAGCGGCAAAGUUGCAUCCAGACAAGACGGGUGGUACAACGAAUGCGCAAUUUUUGGAAUUGCAAGAGGCCUAUGGUAUUCUCUCCAAUGAGGACUCGCGCGCGCACUAUGAUCGGUAUGGAAGGAAUAAAGGUGGCGCUGAGGAUGUCUCUGACAUUCAAGCGCGGUUCGGUGGUAUCUUUGGAGGUACGAAUGGUCGCUUUGAUGAGUUACUCGGUGACAUCUCCAUCAUCUCAGAAAUGGGCAGUGCAAUUCGCAAGGGAGAAGAAGACGCUGCUGCAGGUCCUGACGGCGCAGCGACAAAGUCAUCUUCUGAAAGCGAAGAUAAAGCGAGAGAAGCAAAACGAGCAAAGCGUAUUGAGACGCUCUCUCACAACCUUGCGCGCCGCCUCGAUACAUACGAUCCGGCCGCUCCUCAACCAUUCGUGGACGCCAUACAACUCCUGUGCGAGGAUUUACGCGCCGAGUCAUUCGGUGUGGAAUUGCUCCAUGUCAUUGGUCAGGUGUAUGGCUUGAAUGCAACAAGCUGCAAAUACUCACCAGCUGCACAAGGUUGGACGGGUUCUUGGCUACCGUCGCUUAAAAUGAAGAGCCUGUACAUCACAUCUACAGUCAGUACACUGCGUAAAGCAUGGCGCGUCAAGUCGGCUUUUGCAAAGCUUGAAAAGACUGGUGCCGUAGAAGGCGAUGCAGGUAGCAACACGACUGCAUCAACACAAAAGCAAGGCCUGGAGGAAGAAGCGGCCAAGGCAGCCAUUGAAGCGAUCUGGGAAGGUGUUCGAGCGGAAAUCAUUAGUGUUGUCUCAGAAGUCACACAAGUCGUUUUAUCACCGGACCCUGCAGCGACGCGGACGGAGAAGCAGGAAAUUGAGCGUUUGGUGACGGAUGCACAGCGCUCGCAGCUACAGCGGCGAAGUAUUGCCCUUGAACUCAUGGGUAAGCUGUUUGAGGAGACGAAGCGAGAUGAAGGACAGCAAGACAUCUUUGAAAUGUUUGCCCAACAGCAACAACAGCAGGCCUCAUAGACAUGAACAUUAAUGGAUGACAGAAACGAUAUAAUACAACCGAGUCGACCGUGUACUUACUGAUAAGAAAAGAUGCGCACCUGAGCGCCAGGUCGCACAUGGCGGCCUUGCCGCAUGGCCCGCAGAGUAUUAUCAAACGUGUCCAGAGGCUUACUGGGAGGCGCGACCGCUGGCUGCUCGCCAUGCUGAACAUUCUCGUCACUUGCGCGCUGCAACAGCCGCAGUGCCGA